CGUGUAAACAUUCAACUUGGCACGUGUUUUGAUUCUAAAAUCAGCAAUAAUUGUGAAAAAAAACAUUCCAUCGAAACAAAAUCAUGGUAAAAUCAACCAUAUCACCAGAAGAAUUUGUAUCGACAGCUCGAUGGCUUCGAGAUCCACAAAAAUCGAUGGCCAUACGUUUUCGAGCAUUGUUUACGUUGAAAAAUAUUGGUGGCCAAUCAGCAAUCGAUCAUAUUGGCAAAGUUCUAUUCGAAGAUGAUUCAGCUCUAUUAAAACAUGAAUGUGCUUAUUGUCUUGGACAAAUGCAAGAUGUUUAUGCAAUUGAAAUUUUAUCCAAAGUUUUAGCCAAUACCAUGGAACAUCCUAUGGUUCGUCAUGAAGCUGGUGAAGCACUUGGUGCAAUUGGUACGGAUGAAUGUCUUAAAAUUCUACAGAAUUAUGUCAAUGAUAGUAGUAAAGAUGUUGCCGAAACUGCUCAACUAGCGGUGAAUAGGAUAAAAUAUCUUCGUAAUUGUUCUGAAGAGCAAACAACAACAUCCGAUUCGGAUCAUUCCAUUUAUUCAUCGGUUGAUCCGGCUCCAGCAUUAGGUUUAAAAAAUGAUGAUCAAAAAAAGAUUGAAAAUCUUCGUCUUGUUUUAAUCGAUCCAAAUGAAUCAUUAUUCAAACGAUAUCAAUCAAUGUUUUCACUACGUAAUUUAAAUACCGAUGAAUCAGCAAUGGCAUUGGCCGAUGGUCUUGAUUGUCAAGAUUCGGCAUUAUUUCGUCAUGAAAUUGCAUUCGUUCUUGGCCAGAUGCAACGUCCAAUAACCACGGCGAAAUUGGCUAAAGUUUUGGCUGAAAAAUCUGAAAAUGAAAUGGUACGUCAUGAAUGUGCAGAAGCAUUAGGUGCAAUUGCAACGGAUGAAACAAAUCAAAUUCUUAAAAAUUACCUGAAUGAUGAUGUUCGUGUUGUUCGUGAAUCAGCUAUCGUUGCUUUAGAUGUAUCUGAUUAUAAUAACAGUGAACAAUUUCAAUUUUUAAAUAAUUGAUUUAUUUAAUUUAAUUUUAAAUUAAAAUUCAAAAUGAAA